AUGGCGCAGCCAACCAAUGAGACAAGAUCCUCGCACUCGCGGUGGACUGUCGAUCGUCGAGAGAUCAAAUACAAGCUAGAGGUGGUUCAACAGCCAGAAAAGGCAAGAGCUUGUGGUUCAGGACUGCGAUCAUCGGCCGACCGAAGACCAGUCGAUCCUCCGCCUGUGGUUGAAUUGAGAGUGUACGCUAAUGAAGUUGAUGUUACCAUGUCCUAUGAUGCCACAUUUAUGCUCUAUGCGAGCUUGGAAAUCUCCCGCCCCAUAGCACAUGGGAAGAUGCAUACACCCCAGGCCCCGCCGGUUCUAACAGGUGUUGCAGUCGCUAGUGCCGCCUAUCUUGAUCGUCCUAAGCCUGCUGCAUACUUCAUUUUCCCAGACCUAUCUGUCAGACAUGAGGGUUGGUACCGGUUGAAAUUUUCUCUGUUCGAAGGCGUCAAGCACGAAGCAGAUGCGGAUCUAGGCAAACCAUUUGUCCAUCCACCUCCCAGCAGCUCCAAAUACACGGCCCCCGUUCGCCACGAGAGCAUGUCGAAUCGCAUGGAGGUUCAAUCAAUUCCUUUUCAGGUCUUCAGUGCCAAGAAGUUCCCAGGCCUCAAUAUGAGCACCGAUCUUAGUAGAUUGGUUGCUGAGCAAGGUUGUCGUGUUAGGAUUCGACGAGACAUACGCCAGAGGAAGCGAACGGCGAAGACCGAUGGAGAUGUCGAAGAUGCACAUGGCUCUUAUCAAAAUACACCAGUACCUUCAUAUCGACCUUUGGACCACUCGCGUUCCACAAGCCGAAAUAGUCUUGAUCUCAAGUUUGAAGCUGAUGCCCGGAGAGCUUCGGUUGAAAGCCUCUAUCGCCAACCUAUCAUUCCAAGUCGCCAAACAUCCAUCACUGGCAUUCCUUUGGGCAGCCCUAGUUUACCCAACCCUGCACAAAUUACGAGUGCUAUGCCACCGCCACCACCAACAUUUUCUCAAAGCUCAUUGAUUCGACCGCCUACAGAGGGCUCGCCGCUUUCAUCACCGUUCACUCCAACCCAAAUGUCAGCACCAAUGUCCUUGCCACAUUCGUCACCAAUCCGUGCAGAGUCGUCACGACCAAAAUUCACCACUGAGCUGGAGAGCAAUGGUCCUACACUUGCACCUCUAAGAAGCCUUCCUCGGCCUUUGUAUGUGCUGUCUGACAGUCAGCCAACCAAACGGUCUGCCAGCUCCCGUAGCUAUGAUGCCGAAGCAUCACUGAAGGAUCGUCAGCGCCCCGAUAAUCGACGUUUUGGUUCGAUGUAUGGCCCCACGUUCUGGAGCCCUGACAUCAGUGCGGACGGUGCCAAUCAAGUGAUUGAACCAGACAACGGUGAUGGUGAUGAUGUGGAUGAACCUUCCUUUGGGGGACCUAUGAUCUACGAACGAGCUGAUGGCUCCAGACAGAACAAAUGGAACCGAGGUCUAGCCCCAUGA